AUGUUUAAAACAUUAGUGUUUCUGGCGCUAGUUGUAAUCGUGCAGAUAGAAAGUGCUUCCUAUAAUUAUCCCUACACGACAUCGCUUCGUCCAUACUCGCCGAUACACCGAAAUAUUUAUCCCCGCGAUGCAAUAUAUUCUCCUAGUCGGGUAGGCGUUGUACCCGCCCGUAUUAUUGGAGCAACAAGUUCCGAAUCGGAUGAAUCUCGAGAGGUAGACAGGCUACCUGCUCCAGUACAGGUUCCUUGUGCAGAUAAUCUUUUGCCUGUGUCCGUUUGUGUUCAGCUGCCACCACACACUCCUUUAAAAAUGUCCAAGAACAUUCUCCAGCAGAUCAUCUAUUCAUUAACCGACGAGAGUAAUGCCGUGGAUCCUUUGAUCGAACAAAUUCAUCAACCUUACCCGAAUCCACAAUUGCCUGCACCACUACCGCCACUACCACCACUACCACCGCUGCCACCAGUACCGCCAGUACUACAACAACAACCACUUCAACAACCGGUCUACGGUGCGGAACUGCCCCCGCCAGCCUACCAUCAUCGACCCGUCUACCAGGAACCACCUGUUUAUCCAGUUCUACCAACUAACCCGGUAUACCCGGCGGACGUUCCGCACUUUGACGAAACAUGGACAACACCGGAACCAGCAAACCACCUUCCGCGAUAUCCCACGAACGAGAUCGCCGUACCUAUACCUCCUCCUACGUAUGUGCCACCUGUUCAGCCUAGCGGCGGGUACUGCUACGGAGGGCACUGCAGCUCGCCAGUUCAGCCACGGUACAAUCAGUGA